ACGCGCACGAUCUGGCUUGCGAGGAAAACACGAGAUUUCAUUGGUUGCGAAGUCGGGCGCUGUGAAGAGCGAAACCAUAAUACAACGGCUCGGCAGGAAACCGUCGGUUUAAAGCGUUCGUCGAGCUAGCCAGUCAUAAUAUUAAGCAGAAUGGAAGUUGCGGCGGCCAACGAGGACGAAUGCGAAGGGACAGACGCGUGGUGCUUGUCCCGAGUCGGCAGGGAUUCAGAGUGGCUCCACUUGGACGCGAACACAGAGGUCACCGUUGGACGCGGUAAUGACGUCAUUUACCAGCUCCUGUCUCCAAGCUGUCCCCUCAUGAUCUCAAGACUGCAUUGUGUUUUCAAGCGAAGCGAAGGUGGCCAGUGGACGGUGACGGACAGACAGAGCCUCAAUGGUGUGUGGGUGAACGAAAAUCGCAUACCUGUAGAGGAAGCUCAUCCCAUAAGACUUGGGGACUCUAUAAAACUCGGGGUUCCUCCGACUGGGGACCAAGUUGAGUUUGAGUACAUACUCAUUCAACGGCCCCUAAAAGACAUUAAACCCUACCUUGCAAAGAGACGUCGUGAGGAUGCUCAUGCAGUCUUGCUUUCUAAAAAACUGAAGAGGAAACCCAAUACAGAUGAAGUCGAGCCUUCCACCUCAUCAAAGCCUAAACACUAUUGUUGCUCUACUCCCAACCAAUCAGCCUUCGAGCCUUGCCCUGGCGUGGAACAUCAGGAGGAGCCCAGUCCUGUGCAGGCAGAGAACCCCGCUCCUAGUGUGCAUGUUCAAGUAGACCUUUCUUUGGGUGGAUCAAGUGUCUGUAAUGACCUGGACAAUUUACAAAUGUACAGCCAAAACAUCCUGAUACUACAGGAGCAGUUUGACAAUACUCAGAAGCAGGUGACGUUGCUGGAGGAAGAACAACAAGAGGGUGACCCACUCAGAAAGGAACAGGUCCUGAAGCUGCAGAGCCAGCUGGCAAAUCUAAAGGCCAAGAUGCAGAAGAUGGAGUCUUUAAAGAGAUCUUUCAGCAAGACAAAGAAACAUCUGGAGGCACAGACUCUUCAACAGCAAGAAGAGCUUUUGAAAAAACAGUUGGAAGAUGCCUUUCAAGAGCAAAAUAAAGUUAUUGAAGAACUUGCCCUUUCUCAACAAGACUUUGAAAAGAUAUUGCUGGCCAAAAACAAAGAGUUGGAAGUGACUAAGGAGGAGAAAGAGAAGGAAAGAGCCCAAAAAGAGGAAGUGGUCACGCAGGUGACUGAGGUGUUGGAGAAUGAACUUCAGUGCAUCAUUUGUUCUGAGCUCUUAAUCAAGGCCGUCAUCCUGAACUGUGCUCACAGCUUCUGCCAGUACUGCAUCAGGGAGUGGUGUAAAAGGAAAGACGAGUGCCCCAUCUGCAGACAGAUCAUCUGGUCACAGACCCGCUGCCUGGCGCUGGACAACUGCAUCGACAGCAUGGUGCAGAACCUGAGCCUCGACAUGAAGGCCCAGCGUCAGGCCCUCAUUGCUGAGAGGAAAGUCCACCAGGGACUAAACCAACGGAAGUGAUAUUGAUCAGCAGCGACAGCGGCGACAGCAACAUCGUGCUCGCUUGACAGUUGCUUCAGUUCUGUGGCCUCUUGAGACACAGACACCAGCACCGAGUUGGACUCCAGCUAAUUUCACAUCCCCUCUGAUGAAGACAUCAGCAGUGACGAUUAAUCAUGUUCUCCCUUCCCGGAGGUUGCAAAAGGACUUUUUUUUGGGGGGGGGGGGGGGCGUUGUUUCUCUUAAAUCCAGUGGUGUAGAGCAAUUAUGUGAUUGGAGAUAAAGCUCAGCAUUAUUUGGAACACUUGUUCAGAUUUAAGUUAACGUUUUUUGUAACGAGGUCACUUGUCUUACUUUUUGUUUGGUUGCAGAAGAAGAAAUCAUAUUUGUUUACAUAGGUAGUGCUUUCACAAAGUCACUAGCUGUCAAAGCAUCACAGCUGAUGCUCUGAUAUAAAUAGUUGUUUUUAUGUAUAAACACGUGGAAAUUUUUAAAUAAAACAAUUAUGCCCAGUACUUGAAGUGGAAAAAAACCCAGUGAUAUUAGACACUGGCAGUUGAAAGAUAGACAGGAAAUGAGGGGAGAGAGAGAGGUAUGACGUGCAACAAGGGUCGCCGGCUGGAAUCGAACUGGCGGCGUUGCAACCUUGUGGCAUGUGCUGCAACCAUUCGGCUACGGAGUCCUCAUUCACAUGUCGGUGU